UAUAUGUAUACUACACGUACACGUUAGUGGCAAUGUCGUCGUGGUCUCGCCGUCGUCGUACCAUGCUCCGCAACGACGACGACGACGACGAUGAUGGCAGAGCGUCGACGACCAUGCUCACCGAGAUAGCGACCGGGUGGCACGUGCUCAAGGUGGAGCGCUACUCCAAAAUCAAUGGUCUCGGCGUCGCCAGGCGCAUGAAAUCAUGCCCGUUCGUCGUCGGAGGCCACACCUGGUGCAUCGCCUACUUCCCCGAUCGACGGUCUCACCGAGGACACCGCCGACUGCAUCUCUUUCGCCCUCCGUCUCGAAGAUCGUCGUGCCGGCACCGGAAGAGAUGCCGUCAAGGCCAGUCAUGCUGCGACGCACGGUUCAUGGAGAGGAAGGAGUUCGAGUCGUGCUACGUGAAAGACGACGAGUUCUGCAUAAGGUGCGACGUGACAGUCCUGUCAGCAGCUGCGGCGCCGCCGCUGGACCUGCGCCGGCAACUCGGCGACCUCCUCGCCGGCGGGGACGGGGCGGACGUGACGCUGGACGUCGGCGGCGAGUCGUUCCGCGCGCACAAGAACGUGCUCGCCGCGCGGUCGCCGGUGUUCAUGGCCGAGUUCUUCGGCGGACCACACAAGGAGCAGGUGGCGGGUCGUGUGAGCAUCCAUGGCAUCGAGCCCAGCGUGUUCAAGGCCCUGCUCCACUUCAUCUACACCGACUCGUUGCCGGACAUCGACGGCGGCGACAUGACGGCGAUGGCUCAGCAUCUGCUCGUGGCAGCUGACCGGUACGGCAUCCAGAGGCUAAAAUCGAUCUGCGAGUACCUUUUACGCACCUUUGUCGACAGGAGUGCAGUGGUGACCACGCUGGUUCUCGCGGAGCGGCACGGUUGCCAUCAGCUCAAGGAGGCGUGCUUCAAGGUCAUGAAGUCCUCGGCCAAUUACAAGGAGCUUGUCUCAGGGGAAGACUUUCAGUAUUUGGCUAGCACUUGUCCCUCUCUUGUCCAAGAGCUUGAAGCUGCAUGAUUGUCAGGCUGCGAGUAGAACUGCUCGUAAAAUCUCUUUUUUUUUUUGAUCAUGUCCAACGCCAUGUGUUUCAUUAUUAAGAGGAGGUACAAAGUUAAGUACAAAGCGGUUUCUAGGUAA